AUAUUGUUAUUCAUUUGGAUACUCACACACAUAUUAACUUGACGCUCUCUCGGCUAUCCAAACUCUCUCUCGAUAUUGGGUAUCUUAUGGAUUCUCUCAUUAUAUGUCGCAUUCUUUGUUAUACAUCAUUGAGCAACGCAGUCAGUCUUAAUUGAGAAGCAUAAUAAAACGGACGCUAAGUUACAAAUCGUAUUGUUUUCUUAAAUCUCCCGAGAUGCUCAUUGUAAGGGGUUUGCUAUGGCUUCUGAUAAUCUGUUUAGCCAGUGUGGUUAGAGCCGACGAUUCUGAUGACAUUUUUGAUGAUAUUAUGAAUGGGAAAUACGAUGGCUGUGAUCAUAUACAGUGGAAAGGAAUCGAGAAUCAAUUAUUACAAAACUUAAAUAAUAUAUUGAAUUCAACUUGCAAUUGGUUAUUAACGAAAGAAACUGAAGAUAUAUUCCGCGAUGCCAUGAGGAAAUUGGAAAAACGUUUUAAUAAUGAACCCGACAUUUCUCUAACUGAAACACCAAUUACAGCGAUCCCAAUAAAGCUAAGAAAACCACAACAACAACAACAACUACCACCACGACCCCAGCACCAAUUCAAAACACCUGAUGCCUUGUAUUUCCUAAGAUUUCCACAAUCUGCAAAUUAACAGCACUUACUAUACUGCCUAUGGAAGAACUACAAAUGGUAACUGACUCACCAAUUACAGCGAUCCCAAAAAUAACAACAACAACAACAACAACAACUACCACCACAACCCCAGCACCAACAACACCAUCAUCAACGAGAAGAAGCACUACAACGACAACAACCGUAGCACCCAUUGUGCAAUGCGGUGAAGACAAUGAGAAUCGAUGUGUUGCAUUUUGGAAAUGCAAGAGCUCCAGGACGCUGAACGAUAAAUAUGAAAUCGAUAUAACUACAAGAGACGAAUGUCAUUACUUGGAGACCUGCUGCCCCUAUGCGGAGAUUUCAAAUGCUUCGAGACGGCUUAUUAAAUCAGUCCCCCCCAGUUGUGGCUAUGGUACAAAUAAUGGUGUUAUUAUGACCAUUAAGGGAAAAAGAGCGAGUGAAUCGAAUUUCGGAGAGUACCCCUGGACUGUUGGUGUAUUUGACAUGGAGGAUAAAUAUCUCUUUGGUGGUUCAUUGAUCUCAAUAAAGGUGGUGCUAACCAGCGCAAGUGAACUGAAUUCAAAACACCGGAAGGUUCGAGCUGGUGAAUGGGAUAUGAAAACCAACAAAGAGGCAUUGUCAUAUGAGGAGAGAUUCGUCAAAGAGACUGUGAUACAUCACAAGUUUGUUUUUGAUGUCUAUGCAAAUGAUGUGGCGCUGCUUAUUUUAGAGAAACCAUUCAAACUGUUACCGCACAUUCGACCCAUCUGUUUGGCCAGCAACAAUGAACUGAACAGGAAGGAAUGCAUUGUCACAGGCUGGAAUGAUUAUACAUGGACGGAUGAAUCCAUUAUGAGAGCAAUGAAACUUCAGUUAACUCAAUGUAACAGCUUUGUACACGAAACUCUGCUAUGUGUAACAGGCAAGAAUUCGGAUCUCACCUAUGGAAACGGCUCACCACUGGUAUGUCCCGAACAAGGUAGUACCAAUCGGUAUUAUCAAAUUGGAAUUUGGAGCCAUGGAAUCUCUACAAAUGGAACGAAAUUUACUGACGUUCAACGUCAAUAUGAGUGGAUAAGAACAGAACUUGCUACUCGUAAUAUUUCGAUUAGUUAAAGGAAGAAAGAAUAGUCUCGCAAAAUUACAAUCGAAAAUCUUAGAGGGUUUCUUCUAAUGUAUAAUCUAUAACUUAAUAUUCAAAAUAUAAUCAUUUAAACAAUCUUAACAAUAUAAUAAAAUUAUGUUUCUUUAUAUUUUCAAUGACAACGAAGAUACUUGUUAAUAUUUAUAUCAGUUGUAGGCAAAAAUUGAAAUGCUUAUGCUUUCUGUAUUAGCCUCACCAUAUUACAAUCAAUAAUCAUAGAGGGUUUCGGAUAUUGUCGCAAAUGUAUAAUCAAUAAUUCAAUAUUCAAAAUAUAAACA